AUCCUCUAGGGAUUCCUAAAGACCUAAUAUCAAAACGAAGUUUACAAGCAACAAAUGACGGAAGAUUAGAAAAACAUAUAUGAGGAAAAGGAUUAGCAUGUACCUACAAUGGUUUGCAAUCUGGCUACAACUUAGUUUCGUAUUAACGAGAAUAAGAGAUGUUCACUUCUAAUUGCGUAGCUCAUACUUCAUAGGAGGGCCUUAAAAAAAAUAUAUUAUUAAAAAAAAAAAAAACAUGCCUUAUGAGGAGGCUGAAUGAAUGGGCUUCAAGGCUUUUCUAAAUGUAGAGCAACCAUGGAUUAGGAGACAAAAACUGGUGUUGGGCUUACAAGGUGAUGGGUUGGACUUCAACAAAAGGAAAAAGAAAAAAAGGUGAUGGGUUGGACUUUUAGGCUAUUCUAAAGGCACCCAAAAUUUGAUCAAUACACACCUAACGCCAAGACUAUAAUGAGUGGAAAGUUAUAAGGGGUAAGUUAUAAGGGGUUCACUUUAUAGCCAUCAGAUUAAUUCAAGGGCUGGGGAGAAUUGAGUUAAAGUUUCACAAUUGGGUAGGUAAGGAACCCAAACCCGAAUUGAAUAUCCAGCACGUCCAAAAAGAAGAAGAAGAGGGAAACACGUCCGAAAAAGAAGAAGAAGAGGCAAGUUCGAAGUUUGAACAGAAAGAACUCAUCUCUCUAAAACACAGAGGUCUGAGAUACCCAAUGAAGGCAACGGCUAACGACAGUUGAAGGCAACGAUUCGCCACUCCGUUCUCCAGACCCCGAGAAAGUAUUUAUUUGGAGUAGAAGGGGCAAAGGUGUGGAUUCCAAAUCAGUGAAGAGGCGAAGCAGUGGAAGGGGAAGGGGAGAAGCUGUAUUCGUUGGAAGUGGUAGGUUCCAUUUGUGGAGCAAAGAAACAGAAAGACCCCACACAGACACCUUGCAAUAACCAGCAUUUGGAAAUGGGAUCCAACGUGGAGCUGGUAUGGCCAGAGGCAGAGGUAUAUUCGUCACGGGUGAACAACUGCUCACAUGCAAAUUCAUCUCUAGCUGCAAUUCGAGCGAAGUUGAGUGCGGAACAAUUAGAACAAUUCAAGACAUCAUGCUUUGGCCAUCUUCUGAAUAUAGAUAAGAUUCAGUUUAGCGGACAGAUUGUGCAUGGGGUUGUGUUGCGUAGAGUAGCGGGGCAGGGUGUGAAAGACUUGGAUGGACUGAGUUUCUUAUUAGGGUGUGACGUUGCUCAGUUCACUCGUCAGGAUUUCUGUUUGAUCACAGGGCUUCGUUUUGGGGAAGUGCCUGAAGUUUCCAGUGGAGAGAGUAAUGAAAUCAGACUUCAGAAAAGAUAUUUUAUAGAUGAAGGAAUUACAUGCAAUGCUUUAGAAGAAGCAUUUGUGAGGUGCACAGAGGAAGAUGACAUCUACAAGCUAGCUCUUGUUUACUUUGCUGAGUUAGUGGUUUUGGGAAGGGACAAACAUUUGAACAUCAAUCUAAAUUACCUGACCCUUGUAGAGGACUUGGAUGCGUUCAACAGGUAUCCGUGGGGUUCGGUGUCCUUUGACAAAACCCAAGACAGUCUAUUUUCUGCACCAACAAAGUAUGUGAAAAGCUUGGAAAAUGAAGAGGGAAGAGGGAAGGGGAAAAGUAAGGUAACGGGAACAAGCCGGAGAAAUGAGAAGGGCAAGAAGGAUAAGCAUGGUGAAGCGCAAAGGAGUGGCUGGAGUUUUAAAGGUUUCACGUAUGCUUUCCAGAUUUGGGUAUAUGAAUUAAUUCCUAGAAUGGCGGACCUGAAUUACUGCAAGGUUGUUGAUCCGACCGCUGUCCCGCGUAUUUUGCGAUGGAGAACUACUACGUCUGUUCCAGAGAUGAGAAAGUUGAACAAUUAUUUUUUCCAGAGCAAAGAGUCAGUUCAGUUGCGGGCGCUAUGUCCAAGUGAAGAGGAAAUGAGACAGCCAUAUUGGAGUUGGCCACAGGAUCGCCCUGCUGUUGUCUCGACAGAGUCAAUUCCUUCUUCAUGUGGUGAUCUUGAUGAGUUGAACAAGGUGGUCCUCAAUUUGAGCAGGAAGUAA